GUAGUAAAAGUAGUAAGCCGAAGCCACGCCGCCGAGGGUUGGGCGGCGCGCGGUAAACAUGGUGAGGAGAGAGGUGUCUGCAGGCGCGGCCCCGACGAGACAUGGAGACUAACCCCCAGGACCAGGACCCGGCCAAGACCUGCGAAUACGACCCAAAUGUCAAUCAAGAUGAACUCAUCAAAGCACAGGAAAAACAAAUUGCAGAAGAGAUAAAGGCCAACACCUCCAUGGUUGGCUCCCUAGAUGGCCUUAGUUCCCUGGAGGAGGAAUACUCAAAUGAUCCGGUCUACAGCAGUAAAGUCAAAACUCUUCUCCCAAAGUUUUCCAACGUCCGCCGAACAAGACCAGACGGCAACUGCUUCUUGAGGGGCUUCAUAUUCGCCUACCUGGAGUACUGCAUCCACCACCGGGACGAGCUGCUCAGAUUCAAGAAAUACCUUGAGAGCAGCAAAGAGGAAUUGUUUGAAAUUGGAUUCCCCAAAUUCACUACAGAAGAUUUUCAUGACAUGUUCAUGGAAGUUGUCAGUGAUCUGGAGGGGAGCGGGAGCGUGGACCGUGUGGAGGCCGUCUGCAAUGAUGCCGGCACCUCAGACUACCUGGUGGUGUACCUGCGGCUCCUUAUCUCCGCUCACCUGCAGAAAAACGCCGAAUUCUUCAGCUUCUUCAUCGAAGGCGGAAGGACAGUGGAGGAGUUUUGUAAGCAGGAGGUUGAGCCCAUGUACCGGGAGUGCGACCACCUUCACAUUGUGGCGCUGACGGCUGCCGUGGGGGUGGGCGUGCGGGUCAUGUACCUGGACCGUGGGGAGGGGGCCAGCCUGGUGUCCCACGACUUCCCCGAGGACAGGGAGCCCAUCAUCCACCUCCUGUACCGCCCUGGCCACUAUGAUAUACUCUACAAAGCAUAAUGAUCACUUUGUAUAAUAGCUUGUUGAACUAGAUUUUGAUAUGCUUUUUUAUUUCCAUUCAACCACUACUGAGUGAGUAAGGGUAGUGAACUUGUCUUGCACUCCAUCUAUCAAUCUGUCUAUCUACCUAGUGUUUGGUUGUCUCACGGUUUUCGGAAUAUUUAUCCAAAAUGACGAUGUGUUGAGCUGACCUGAUGAUGAUUGUGUAUACACUGUGCAUCUCGCCCAUACAUACUUAAGAAAUAUUUUUGAUGUAUUUUUUGAUAGAUCUAAAUGAUGACUUAUAUUCUUAGCACUAUUUAAGCUGGUAAUGUGAAUUCUCAGAUUUUUUUUUUUUUUUGUCUUUCCACGACUGUUUCAGCGAUACAUGCCACUAUGUUAUUAUUUAUUCAGUGUGUCUGCAAAGAUAUUGGUUUUUAUUCUUAUUAGAAGACAAUAAAAUUCAGUGAGUGAGGAAUUGUAUUUGCAUUCUCCAUCUGCGU